GAAAAUAACUGACAGAUGAUGCCGAAUCCGUCUCAAUAUUAUGGAAUGCCGAAUGGCCACCCUUCGUCUGCCAAUGGCCUACAGCAGCAGACACAGCAAUAUCAAAGUUAUCCGCCGUCAUCGCAACAGCAACAAGUUAUGCUGCCCCAGCAACAGUAUCCAGUGAAGAAUGCCAUCAACAACGGUCCCCCAAAUGCGGCAGCAGCGGCGAUGGCGACAAGUGUCUCGCAGCCACAUGGAGUGCAUACGGCACCUCCUUUACAGAAUGGACCUUCAAUGGUACAGAACCCGCAGGUUAACACUAAUUUGCCACAGCAGCAGCCGCAUAAUCGGAUUACAAACUUGAUUUAUAACGGUAAUAGUGCUGUCUCUUCAAGAACGUCGUCGCCUUUACCCGUUAAUAAUUCGAUACUAGCGUCACAGAUGCCACCAUCAGUAAGCAGUCGAUCUAACAUCUAUCCAGCGCCUUCUAGUCAAAGUCAGCAACUCGGCAUGCCUGUAGUAAGUAGCAACAGUUUAAGCGUCAACAAUAACGGGACAGGUGGUAACAAUACUAAUUUUGUUAACACGCCUCCUAAGACUGCAUCCGGCCUAUCUACUCCACUAAAUUCGUCCACGCCUAAUUUGAGUCAGCCGUCGUUGAAUGGUCCCGUUAGUAAUUUGACAACAAGUAUGCAACAAUUGAACGUUAACCGACCCCCUUCGGCACAGCAACAGAUUAAUGGAGCCGGAAUUCCACAGAAUCCGGUGCCAUAUGGCGGUUAUCAAUCGCAAACAACUCAACUGCCCCCCACGAAUCAAUCUAACGUUCAACAAACGUUCAGUAUGCCACCUACAAGUGCAUAUGGUCAGCCACCUUUGCACAGUAACCAAUAUGGUCAACCUCUGAAUGGCAAUCACCUACCCAAUAACUCAGUACCAUCGCAGUCCCAACAGCAGAGUGUUUCUUAUCCCAACAUUUCUGCUCAAUCGGUUGCUGGUUCGACUACAGCCUUCGCGGUAACUCCCGUAAUGUCUGCAACACCAGCGUUAAAUAAGAGGCCUCUCUAUCCCGCACAAACAAUGCCUCCAGCACCAACCUACCAAGCCCCCGGCUACAACCCAAAUCAACAGGCCCCGUACCAGGCUCAGCAGUAUCAGCCCCUUUAUCAGCAAAGUCAUCAACAACAGAAUCAUCACCAACAUCCACAACAGCAGCAUCCUCCAAGUGCCAACCUUCAGCAACAGCAUCCGGAUCCCCAGUACAGUGUAUUGAGAAGCGGUUUCAACAAGCUUUGGGGUAAUAACACUGUGGAUCUACUUCAAAAUAGACACAUUCUUCCAACGGAAAAAGUACGACCGCCCACGAUCCAUUUGAACCAACCAUUCCAUGAGGCAACUAACUGCAAUCCAGAUAUUUUCCGGUGUACACUUACUAAAAUCCCCGAAACGAAUCAGUUGCUACAGAAGUCCAGACUUCCGCUUGGGGUGUUGAUACACCCAUUUAGAGAUUUGAAUAAUCUGCCGGUGAUCUCCUUUAACACGAUUGUUCGCUGCCGGGUAUGCCGAACCUACAUCAACCCAUUCGUGUUUUUCGUCGACAGUAAAAAAUGGAAGUGCAACUUGUGUUACCGAGUUAACGAAUUACCCGAGGAAUUCCAGUUCGACCCAGUGACGAAAACAUAUGGAGAUCCAACCCGACGACCUGAGAUCAAAUCCAGUACGAUAGAGUUCAUUGCUCCUUCGGAAUAUAUGCUGAGACCUCCCCAGCCGGCGAUUUAUCUAUUCCUGCUGGAUGUCUCAUCUAUAGCACAACAAACUGGUUAUUUGCAUACCGUUUGCAACACGCUCGUCGAUCAUUUGGAAAGUUUACCGGGUGAUGCACGAACUCAGGUAGGCUUCAUAGCGUACAACAGCGCGAUUCAUUUCUACAACAUCGCUGAGGGAUACAGUCAACCACAUGAAGUUACUGUGCUGGAUGUUGAAGAUGUAUUCCUACCAUAUCCGGACAAUUUACUGGUAAAUCUGAAGGAAUGCAAGGAAUUGAUAAAAGAUCUAUUGACGCAACUUCCGAAACGUUUCGAACACACGCAUGACACACACAGCGCUCUCGGUGCCGCUUUGCAGGUGGCUUUCAAGUUGAUGAGUGCUUCCGGUGGUCGAGUCACAGUGUUUCAGUGCUGUCUACCAAAUUACGGACCAGGUGCAUUGCAGUCAAGGGAGGAUCCGAACAAUCGUUCUUCUAAAGAUGUGGCCCACCUUGGGCCAGCGACUGAUUUCUACAAGCGCCUGGCGCUUGAUUGCUCCGCCCAACAGAUUGCUGUUGACCUGUUCUUACUAAAUAGCCAAUACUGUGAUCUCGCAACAAUUUCUGGAAUCAGUAAAUUCAGUGGUGGGUGCAUGCAACACAUCCCAUUGUUCAGUGCAGCGAAGCCCCAGUUAGUGAAAUCUUUACAGAAAUGUUUCGAGCGGUAUCUCACGCGUAAAAUUGGCUUUGAGGCUGUCAUGCGAGUGAGAUGUACUCGAGGGCUGGCAAUUCACACAUUCCAUGGUAACUUCUUCGUCCGAUCAACGGAUCUUCUUUCGCUGCCUAACGUCAAUCCAGACGCUGGAUUCGGAAUGCAGCUAACCUAUGAAGAAAGCUUGGCUGAGUGCAAAACGGUAUGUUUCCAAGCGGCGUUGUUAUACACCAGCAGCAAAGCUGAGCGAAGAAUUCGUGUCCACACACUUUGCAUACCGGUCACGUCCAGCCUUUCGGAAGUGAUGUAUUCGGCCGAUGCGCAGUGUAUUGUUGGGCUGUUGAGCAAAAUGGCCGUUGAUCGAUCACUGAGCUCUAGUUUGUCCGACGCCAGAGAUGCCUUCAUCAAUGCGACUGUUGAUAUUUUCAGCGCAUUCAAGAUUGCGCAAAAUUUGCCCCAGAAUUCCGGAACCAUCGUAGCGCCAGAGAAUCUCGCAUUACUACCACUGUAUAUUCUAGCGAUGUUGAAGCAUACUGCCUUCAGGGUUGGAACCAGUACCCGUUUGGAUGACCGAGUGUUCGCCAUGAGUGAAAUGAAGACCAUGCCGCUGGACCAGCUGAUAAGAUACAUUUAUCCGGACUUUUAUGUGCUCGAUGAGCUGUUCCUCAGUGCUUCUCGGGAGACAACGGAUGGAGAAGCUCAUCUGGUGGAGCCUCCACGGUUGCAGCUGUCUGCUGAAAAGUUCGAUUCACGAUCUAUGUUUUUGCUGGACUGUGGCCCCGAGAUGUUCAUCUACGUUGGAUCGAAUGUGGCACCAGCGAUCUUGAGUGACGUUAUAGGAGUGAACUCCGUUCCGGAGAUUCCCGAUUUCUGCAUUGAUCUCCCAAGUCGGGAGACGGCCGCAAGCGAGGCACUGUUUGCAUUUAUCGACAGUAUCAACGAGGAGAAGCCGUACUCUACUUACAUACAGGUUAUCAGGGAUACGAGCCAAUUCCGGUCGUUGUUCGUGGAAAAGUUCGUCGACGAUAGGAAUCAGAGUUCGAUGUCCUAUUACGAAUUUUUACAGCACUUAAGGACCCAGGUAAAGUAAGCUAUGCUUGCCUAAGUGCUUACUAAGACGAGGACAUAGUGAAAUAUAGAGUUCAGCAUAGCGUCAGGAGCACACUAUAUAAUAAAGGCAUGAUCAAGCGGGAGAACGGGGAAAAAGUUAGUAAUAACCAUAUGAGGAAACAGGAUAAACAAUUGUAGUAAAUUAUGUAUAAUAAACAAUGUGAGACCCAUUUAAACCUUGCAAAUCGUUGGUUGAAAGUGUAAAAAAACAUAGAUAUAUAAUAUAAAAAAAUAUAUAUAAAUGCUAGACUACUUUAAACGAAAAAAACACUCACUUUUUGUAGACGACUGCAAACAUUCAAUUUCAUUGUAACAAAUAAACCGAAUUAGGACAACAGCGAGAAGAUGAA